ACCUCCCGAGAACAGUCCCUGCCUUGUGCCCAGCGCACCGUUAGCUGAGGGUGCGGCCGCGGCCGAUCUGCCCUCUCUCUCUCCAAAAAGCAGAGAGCAGACCUCGUUCCUUCGCCGGCGCCGGCUCCAAGAGGAGCUGGGGAGGAGGAAGAGACUCAGGCUUUUUGCGCUGGAGACUCCUGGGCAAGGUUUGGUAUCUUCCCGGGCUGUGGCCACCCCCGGGUGAGCUGCGCCCCGAGAGCGAGGAGAUCGCCUGGAUCAUGGAGCAGACCUGGGCCAGACGUUAUUUUGGAGAAGAUGAUGGGGAGAUGGUACCCAGAACAAGUAGUGCAGCAGCUUUUCUCAGUGACACUAAAGAUCGGGGCCCUCCGGUUCACUCACAGGCCUGGAGAAGUGGUGAGAAGAUCCCCUUCGGGCAGACACACUCACUGAGAGCAUUUGAGAAGCCCCCUCUGGUGCAGACCCAGGCUCUUCGAGACUUUGAGAAGCACCUCAAUGACCUGAAGAAGGAGAACUUCAGCCUCAAGCUGCGCAUCUACUUCCUGGAGGAGCGCAUGCAACAGAAGUAUGAGGCCAGCCGGGAGGACGUCUACAAGCGGAACAUCGAGCUGAAGGUUGAAGUGGAGAGCCUGAAACGAGAACUCCAGGACAGGAAACAGCAUCUGGAUAAGACAUGGACCGAUGUGGAGGAUCUCAACAGCCAGAAUGAAGCAGAGCUCCGGCAUCAGGUUGAGGAACGGCAGCAGGAGACAGAACAAGUUUAUGAGCUCCUAGAGAACAAGAUCCAGCUGCUGCAGGAGGAAUCCAGGCUAGCAAAGAAUGAAGCCACGCGGAUGGCAGCUCUGGUGGAGGUGGAGAAGGGGUGUAACCUGGCGCUCUCAGAGAAGCUGAUGGAUGCAGCUAUGGACAGGGAAGAUGCACCAGGAGACCAGGUGAAACCUGGACAAUACUCUGAAGCCCUGGCCCAGAGGGACAGGUAGGUGUCUUUGGUAGUCUUUUCUUGGGCUUCCUUUUCUCUGUUCCCCAGG